AUGGAAUCGCCAAAAAUACCAUUCCGGGGAAUAAUUAAUGACCUAAAAGGAAGAAAAGCUUGCUACAAGCAAGACUGGACAAGUGCAAUUUUCUCAGGAUGCAGAAUUUUUGCUCCAACAACCUAUAUAUUCUUUGCAUCUGCGCUUCCAGUAAUUGCAUUUGGAGAGCAGUUGGUCAGAGAUACGGAUGGAAGCUUAAGCGCAGUGGAAACUUUGGCUUCAACUGCUAUAUGCGGCGUCAUACACUCAAUUUUUGGUGGACAACCUUUAUUGAUUUUAGGAGUUGCAGAGCCUACAAUUAUAAUGUAUACUUACCUAUAUAAUUACUGUAAAGAUACACCUGACAUCGGAGAAGAUCAAUUCCUGGCUUGGGCUGGAUGGGUUUGUGUCUGGACAGCACUUAUGCUAGUCCUCCUUGCAAUAUUCAAUGCUUGCACCAUUAUCAACAGAUUUACAAGAAUUGCAGGGGAACUCUUUGGCAUGCUCAUUGCAGUUCUUUUCAUGCAAGAAGCUAUUAAGGGGUUGCUUAAUGAGUUUAAAACUCCUAAAGGUGAGGAUCCUUCUGAAGAGAAGUAUAGCUUUCAGUGGAAUUAUGUAAACGGGUUGCUAGCGAUCAUUUUCGCGUUUGGUGUACUGUAUAGUUCCUUAGAGACUAGAAGAAUGAGGUCGUCACAGUUUGGCCCAGGCUGGGUACGAAGUCUUAUGACAGACUACGGAGUUCCUUUUUUGAUAGUAAAAUGGACAGCAUUCACAGACCUUGUACCUGAAAGAGUUCCUGCAGGAGUUCCCAGAAGACUUCGUAUUCCUCUUCCCCGUGACUCUGGAUACCAUCAGUAUGCUACAAGAAUAAUUGCCAAUAACUGCAGCUACUAAUUGCAGAAUAUGGGAACAGUUCCUACAGUAUACAUCUUUGCUGCAAUUAUCCCAGCAGUAAUGAUAGCUGGUCUUUAUUUUUUUGACCACAGUGUUGCUUCCCAAAUGGCACAACAGAAAGAAUUUAAUCUCAAGAACCCUUCUGCUUAUCAUUAUGAUUUAUUCUUGCUUGGUAUCAUGACCUUUUUAUGCGGAUUACUCGGCAUCCCUCCUUCCAAUGGUGUUCUUCCUCAAUCUCCCAUGCACACCAAAAGCCUUGCCUUUCUGAAAAAGCAGUUCAUUCAAAAAAGAAUGGCAAAGAAAGGUAAGGAAUGCAUAAGUCAACAGGGUAGCAACUCUGAAAUCUUUGGGAAGAUGCAAGAAGUUUUUGUUGAAAUGGACAAGACUCCGGCUGUAAAAGAAUUGAAAGACCUAAAGGAUGCAGUUCUGAGAGUUGAAAAUGGAGAAAAUGGAAGUCGCACACAUGAUCUGGAAAAAAACCUUGAUGCUCAUUUGCCUGUGCGAGUAAAUGAGCAAAGAUGGAGCAACCUACUGCAAUCAAUCCUUGUGGGAAUGACAAUACUUGCUGUUCCAAUUAUCAAGCGCAUACCUACAUCUGUUCUUUGGGGUUAUUUUGCAUACAUGGCCAUCGAAAGCCUUCCUGGCAAUCAGUUCUGGGAGAGAAUUACGAUGCUUCUCAUUCCUCCAGCAAGAUGGUACAAAGUACUUGCAGAAGCCCAUGCUUCUUUUGUGGAGUUGGUGCCCCAGAAAACUAUUGCUAUGUUUACGCUGUUUCAACUAGUAUAUCUUGGCAUAUGUUAUGCUAUAACUUGGAUACCAAUAGGUGGAAUAUUGUUCCCCUUGCCAUUCUUUCUGCUAAUAAUUAUUAGAGAGCGUGUGAUGCCCAGACUAGUACAUCCAGAAUACCUACAGGAGUUGGAUGCAGCUGCAUAUGAAGAGUUGACUGGAAGUAUCAUUCACAAUCGGACCAUCCCUGGACAGGUAUAUUACACUCGAGAUUUAAGUUCUGCAGAUGAUGGAAGUUCAGAAUUGCCAACAGAUGAUGAUUAUGAGAUACUGGAUGAGCUAACCACUAGCAGGGGUGAACUGAAGCUUAGAGCUGCAAGUCGUCGUCAGCACCAACAGGCAUGUCCUUCUUACUCUCGACAUUAUUUUCCACCAAAUCCGAUACUACAUAUGAACAUGUUAUCAACAAUAUCUGACAAAACAUGACGACAGUAUUGUACUCCGAAGAUAUAUGCAUAUUCAGAGGCUUAUACUUUGUGGAUUUUAGUUCCCCAUAAAAUUUAUUCAUCUCCAAAGUAAAUAUCUAAUUAAAAGCAAAACUAGAGGGUAUAGGUAAAAUAUUUGUGUCGAUGGUAUCAAAAUACGUCAGGAGAAAAAUCCAUU